GGUGAACCUGGGGAAGGAAAAAGAAAGAGGAAAGGGGAGAAUGAAGAGCAGUCCUGUGUGCAAGGACAGAAGAAGCUAAAAAAGAAGCAACAGCCUCGCAGCUCUUCUGAAGAAAGCGCGGAUAGUGCAGAGGCAGCAGAUGGCAGCACUCCAUCGAGGAAGAAGAAAGAAAAUAGGAGAAAAUUCAAACUGCCACAAGAGACAACUGAAGCAGAUUCUGAAGAAGAUAUCAAACAACAGGAAAACAGAUGCAACCUUAAAAGUAAGUCUUCUAAAUUGAAGAAAGGAGAUGAAGAAACAGAGGGAGCAGAAACAAGGAAGAAGGAGCACAGUGAAAGAGCUGAAGAAAAUCAGAGCACAGAGGAGGAGCUGCCUAUAGCAGCCUCAGAGGAAGAGGCAAAUCUUCCACCCUCCAGUUUGAUGGUUCUCGGAGACUAUGACAGAAAGCCAGUGAAGAAGGUUCAGCCUUUCUUACCACAGUGGCUUGCUCAACCCAAACUAGUGCAAAAACGUAUCAAAGAUAAUCUGGUGCCAAUCAGAGAUGUCCCAGGAAUUCAUCCCCGGCUGUUGAAAAAGCUGCAAAUAAAUGGGAUAGAGUCCUUUUUUCCAGUUCAGGCGGAGGUGAUUCCUGCUAUUCUACAGAGUGCAUCCAAUGGGUAUUUGCUGGGGCAGGGAGGAUACCGCCCCAAAGACAUCUGCGUCUCGGCACCUACCGGCAGUGGUAAAACCCUGUCUUUUGUCAUACCCAUCGUACAGGUUCUGCUGGAUCGAGUCGUGUGCCAUGUACGAGCUCUGGUGGUUCUGCCCACCAAAGAACUGGCACAACAGGUGAGUAAAGUGUUCAACAUCUACACUGAUGGGACGGGUCUGAAGGUGGUUUUGAUUACUGGCCAGAAAUCUUUUGCGAAGGAGCAGGAGAUGCUUGUCCAGAAAAAAGUGACAGGCUACUGCAGCCUGGCUGACAUUAUUGUGGCUACGCCAGGGCGGCUCACAGAUCACAUUAACCAGACCCCAGGGUUCAGCCUGACGCAACUUCGUUUCCUG